AUGCUGCCAUUCUACGCCUUAUUAUUAUGCCAUACAGUUCACAGUAUCACGUUCGUCGUCCCGGAAUCCUCACCCGUAGGUCAUGUGAUCGGCUACGUCGACGGUCGCCCAACACUAGCCACACUAGCGAAAUACUUUGUCGUCUAUCCGGAUACCGUAUCUGAACAGAUCAUAAAAAUCGAUGACAAAUCCGGUGAGAUCACGCUGGCUUCGCCAUUGGACUUUGAGAAACAUAAGAAGUUCGAGAUCCUGGCGGUGCCCAUCGAUGGUGGAGAGGGAGUCCAGUGUACAAUAGAGGUUGAAGAUGUUAACGAUCAUGUGCCGACAUUUCCCGAUGAAAAUAUCAAGCUAGAAAUAUCGGAAUUCGCUCGGAUAGGCGCCGCAUAUCCAUUGCCUAGGGCUGAAGAUCCGGAUGGAGCGAAUUUUACCGUUCAGAAAUAUCGUAUUGCUCAGGGGAAUGUGAACAAUGUGUUCAAGGUCUCUGUCCGUCCAGUGAACGGCGCACUAUACGUGGAUCUCGUGGUAAACGGACAACUGGAUCGGGAAUAUCGAGAUAAGUACGAGUUGAUCGUGGAGGCGAUCGAUGGCGGAACACCUUCAAAGAUCGGUCGCCUCCGCGUAAACAUCUUCAUCUUGGAUGCAAACGAUAACGCACCCGUGUUCACAAAACCGCGGUACAGUGUCGAUGUGCCGGCGAAUCUAACAAUUGGAUCACAAAUUCUCACCUUAGCGGCCACAGAUGGAGAUGUUGGAGAUAACGGGAAAGUGUCGUAUCGUUUCCAAAAGACAAGGUUCGACAGUCUCUCGUUGUUUUCUCUCUCUUCGAAUGGUGUACUCUCUACAACCGGUCAUCUCCUUCCGGGAACAGUUCACAAUCUAGUGGCCGUAGCCUAUGACGGUGGCGUCCCUUCACUCGAAACGACCGCUAUAGUAACGAUUACUGUACAAGGAACAUCGUUAACUGCUCCGGCGGUGGAUAUCAUCUGGUUGACCGAUACGGCUACCGCACAUCUUCUCGAAAACAUCACACUUGGCACAAUAGUGGCAAGACUGAGUUUGAACGAAGAACAAAAGGAUACAAUCGUAACUCUGGUCGGGUGCCCGUCACUCUGUCUCCGUCAGAGUCAGUCGCCGUCCGUCUACCUCCUCCUCGCUUGCGGACUUUUCGACCGUGAAUCCUCACCAGAAUACCAUCUGAAAUUCAGUCUCAGAAGAGGCAAAGAACUUGUCCUCGAACAUCCCGUUCUCCUAACCAUAGGCGAUAUCAACGACAACUCGCCCACAUGGUCUCACUCACAUAUGCAUAUCACACUCAAUCGAUCGAUAGCUAUUUCCGAUCAAACAUCUUCACUCACGGCCGUCGAUCCUGAUCAGGGUAUCAACGGCAGGAUUCGCUACAGUAUACUUGACUCGGACAUCAUUUCGAUUGAUCCUGAUACUGGUCGACUGAUUCCGCUUAAAGAGCUCGAUUGCUCCAUGGGCCAAGAAAUACGAUUCAAAGUUCGAGCUACAGAUGGUGGUGUGCCAAGUUUAUAUUCAGAUCUUCAAGUCAUCGCAGACCUCGUCGACGGUUACGGUAGACCACCACUAUUCGAAAAAUCGCUCUACGAGGUGGAAAUUUCGGAAGAAAGCGAGAUUGGCACAUGUUUACUGAAGCUGCCAUUUGGCGACUUGGCAGCUUGCCAAAGAGGUCAAGCGUUGGAAAACAAAGGCACAUGUGCGUAUUUCACGAUUUUAUCAAUGGAAAAAGGGAAUUAA